GCAUAAGGAGAAGUUGACAACUCAAAUACCUAGCAUUGCCAACAUAUGUACAUGUCGGAAUUGUUUUUAGUCUACCCUCUGUAUGACAUGGAAGGUUAUAAAUAAUAAAGUGCAAAAAGGCUAAUUUUGUAUUGUACUUUUAUUGCAAUAUUUUGCACAAGUUUAAAAAAUGUCCCGUCACCGUGAUGUACGAUGCAUGAAUUAUUCUGAAGAAUAUGAAGGUUAUGAUGAUGUAUAUGGACAUUCUGUGGAAGAUGAUUACUGUGUAUCUCCUAGUGCUGAACAAUUUUUAUUUGAUCGGAGUAAGCAACAAAAUAUUGCAUCCUUCAUUACGGAACCAGAUAUAAUUGAAGACAAUGAAGAUAGUGAAGAAUCUCCAAUAUCUGCUAACAAGGAAGAUAUAGCACUUACAGAACUUGAAAGGGCUAAACUUAUGUCAUGUUUAGAUUCUAUCAAGAAUGUUAUUGGAGACACAGUAUCUGAAUCUGAGAUUAAAAAGAAAAUUAUUCAGUCAAAUUUUGAUGCUGAAAUAGCACUUAAUUCAAUUUUGAAAGAAUCUUCUCCAAAAAAUGUUUCUGUUAACAAGGAUAAUUUAGAACCACAUCCAGCUGAUUUAACAGCACACCAUUUACAAAAAUCUAGUACCUUAAUUGAUAGAACAAAUUCUAAUGGAAAAACAUUUUCACCUAACACAAAUUUUGUAAUACCAAAAUUGUCAAUUAAAAACGAUAGCUGUAGUGAUUUGAGUAAUAUACAAUUAGGUUUAUCUACUAUUCAAAAAAAUAUAAAUUUACAAUUUGACAUAGCAAAUGAUAGAAAAAAAGAUGAUUCUAUGGAUUCACUUGAAAGGAGUAUAUCCAAUCUGCUUGCUCUUUCAAAAGAUUGCACCAACUCCAGUACUAAAAAUAAUUCACAGUAUGUAGAGACAAAAGAAAAUUCAGUAUUAAAUGUAAGUGGUAAUCGAACACCAUCACCAGAUCCUUGGAUGAUUGAUUUGAGUUCUGCUUUAAAAGAAGCUACAUCUGCAGUUUCAAAUAGUUGUAGUCAUACAAAUCCAAAAGCAGUGGAAGAUGCUAACAAUGUUACUCCAAAUUUAAAUUUAUAUGCUUCUAAUCAAAAUGUUGUAAAUCCAUAUGCUAUGCUCCCUACAACAUUAAACUUAAGUUGCCUAAAAUAUGUUAAACUUCCAUAUACCAAAAAGAACGUAUCUUUAUUUGGUAGAGCAUUAUGCAAAACAUGGAAAUUGAAAAAACCAAUUCUUAAAUCUCAAAAAGAGUAUUCUGAAAGACCUGUUGUAAAGGGCUUUAAUUUAAGUGGAGCUGAGAAUGCAGAUGUAUUGAAUUCUCAUAUUGAGAGUCCCCGUUCUCAAAGUCCAUACUCUGAUUAUAAUAGCCUAGAAAUAAAGAGGAAAGAAAAUAUUGUUUCAAAGGAGAAAAAAGUAGUUUCAUCAAACACAAACAGUCCGCGAUGUCAGUCUCCAGUAUCAGGACAUCAAACACCUGAUAUGGAUCCUAAACUAAAACUUAAUGAAGAAAAAGUUGAUGUUUUAAAGAUAUAUAAAGAUAAAAGAGGAGAUAGCAAAGAACAGUUACAUCUAGUUGUGGUUGGUCACGUAGAUGCUGGUAAAAGUACAUUAUUAGGACGACUUUUAUGUGACCUAGGACAAGUUCCACCAAGAUUAAUCCAUAAAUACCAGCAGGAGAGCAAAAAAAUAGGGAAACAAUCAUUUGCUUAUGCAUGGGUUCUUGAUGAAACAGGAGAAGAACGGGAACGUGGAAUAACAAUGGAUAUUGGUCAUUCUAAAUUUGAAACAGAGACGAAAUCCAUUACUUUAUUAGAUGCACCUGGACAUAAGGAUUUCAUACCUAAUAUGAUUACUGGUGCUACUCAAGCUGAUGUAGCUUUGUUAGUUGUAGAUGCUACUAGAGGAGAAUUUGAAACUGGUUUUGACAGUGGAGGUCAAACUAGAGAACAUGCAUUAUUAUUACGUUCUUUAGGUGUAUUACAAUUAGCAGUAGUAAUAAAUAAAUUAGAUACAGUAGACUGGUCGAAAGAGAGGUUUGAUGAAAUAGUGAGCAAAAUGAGAGUAUUCUUGAAACAAGCAGGAUUCAAAGAUAAUGUUACUUUUGUCCCUUGUAGCGGUUUAUCCGGCGAAAAUAUAGUUGCGAAACCUAAGGAACCUUUAUCUAAUUGGUAUACGGGACCUACAUUAGUCAACAUUAUCGAUAAUUUCAAAUGCCCCGAACGUCCUAUAAACAAACCAUUUCGUUUUUCGGUUAAUGAUAUAUUUAAAGGCACAGGAUCUGGAUUUUGUGUUUCCGGGCAUGUCGAAACAGGCAUGGUAUCUUUAGGUGAUAAAGUUUUAGUAUUGCCAAGAAAUGAAGUCGCAGUGAUUAAAGGUUUACAAAUGGAUGAAGUAUCUAUAACGAAUGCAUUUGCUGGAGAUCAUGUUUCUGUAACAUUAUCAGGAAUUGAACAACAGAAUGUUGGGAUUGGAGACAUUAUUUGUAAUCCUCAAAAUCCAGUUCCUGUAACUACAUGCUUUCAAGCACAUAUAGUUGUAUUUGCAGUGAAAGUACCAAUCAUAAAAGGCCUUCCUGUUGUAAUUCAUCAGCAGUCUUUAGUCCAACCUGCUGUUAUCACAAAAUUAGUAAGGCAACUUCACAGAACCACUGGUGAGACGAUAAAGAAAAAACCGCGUUGCUUACCAAAAAAUUCCAGUGCUAUUAUUGAAAUUAUAUCACAAAAUCCAGUUUGUAUGGAAUUAUAUAAGGAUAUCAAACAGUUGGGUAGAGUUAUGUUACGUGUAGAAGGAACAACUAUAGCAACUGGUCUUAUUACAAAAAUCAAGUAACAACAUAAUAUAAAAUAUUUAUGUAUUCGCAGUUCGAUAUACUAGGGACGAAUUUUUAAUUU